AUGGACACAAGUGUGUAUUCCGCCAAGGAAGCUGCCGCCGCCAAGGAGGCCGCCGUACCGGCGGCAGUGACGGCAGCGACGGCGGCGCCGCCUGUGGUGAGGAAGGAUACCGCGAAGGUUAGCAAUGUGACCGACGUGGUGGUGGCUGAGACUGGUAGUACGGUCGACGUGGGGGCGGCAGCGGCGGCGGCGGCGGCGCCGCCGCCGUCACAGCCGGCGUCCAACGGUCCCGCCAGCCAGAGCGAGGCCGAGGCCGCCAGUGGCGGCGAGGUGUGUUCCAUCUGCCUGUGCGAGUUUGAGGACGGCGAUCGCAUCAAAUAUUUGCCGUGCAAGCAUUUCUACCACGUGGCUUGCAUCGACCAGUGGUUGGGACGUGACAUCACCUGUCCGCUCUGCAAG